CCACGCAGGGCGGCCAUGUGCGUGGGGAAGUGCAGCCGGAUCGUGGGGCCGUGCCUGCUGGCGCUGGGCACGCUCUCCGCGGCAGCCAGCAUCCUCCUGCUGUUCCCCGGAGGAGCAUCCAAGUACCUGCUGCAGGGGCGCCUCGGCCGCCACGCCAAGGCCGUGCCGGGGCUCUGGGGAGGCGGCAUCGCCGUGCUGCUGGCGGGGACACACGUCACGGCGCUGGGCUGGCGAUGCUCGGGCUGCUCCGGCUGCGGCACCCGCCACAACGCUUUCCUCUCCGUGGUGCUCUCCAAGCUGGCGCUCCUGGGCGCCGCCGCCUGCUUCGUCCUGUCCGGAGUGGGGCUGACCAAUGGUCCCCUCUGCCUCUACAACACCACCGAGCUGGGGCUCGGGCACGGAGCCCUCUGGGGUUAUCCCUUCCUGGAUGCCAUCAACCAUGGGCCUGAGGCCAGGGUUGAGAGCUACCUCUACAAUCGGACAGCCUGGAGCAUCUGCCUGGAGCCCGAGGGCGUCGUCACCUGGCACGUGGUCCUGUUCUCCCUCCUGCUCUUCCUCAGCGCGGCCGAGAUGGCGCUGGCCCUGCUGCAGAUCCUCAACGGCUGCCUCGGCUGCCUCUGCGGCUUCUGCGACGGCAAGUAG